CGACUAUUCAACAAAUCAAUACAAAUUGUUAUGAUACUAGAUAGCACCACUAUGAUCAAACCUCAACCAUUCAAUCAUUGUGUAUUGCAUUAUAAAUUAGUGUAUUUGGGUCUUUAGCUCAAACUACCAAAAGCCAAACACUUUACAUGUAAACCUUUUUUUUAACCUUGAGAGAGAAUACACAAAAACUUGAAGCUAUAUAUAUAGAGUCAUAGUGGAGUAUAGUUUAUAGGAAAAUAGUGAUUAAGAAGAGUUGUGAGAAAAUGAGUGCAGAAGAUAAUAGAACAAACCUCUCUGACUUUCCUUCUUCAACAAUAGAAAAGGAACCAAACUAUGAAAAACAUGGCAAGAAGAAACCUGGAGGAUGGAAGGCCAUGCCUUUUAUUUUAGGAAAUGAAUCGUUUGAGAGGUUAGCAGCAUUUGGUUUGUUAGCUAACUUUAUGGUGUAUUUGACAAGAGAGUUUCAUUUGGAGCAAGUUCAUGCAUCAAACAUUCUAAACAUAUGGGGUGGUAUUUCAAACUUUGCACCUUUACUUGGAGCCUUCAUUUCUGAUACCUACACAGGUCGCUUCAAGACUAUAGCUUUUGCUUCCUUUUUCUCACUAUUGGGUAUGACAGCAGUGACAUUAACAGCAUGGCUACCAAAAUUACAACCUCCAUCUUGCACACCUCAACAACAAGCACUGAAUCAAUGUGUUACUGCAAACUCAUCUCAAGUUGGUUUUCUAUUCAUGGGACUUAUAUUUCUAAGCAUAGGUUCUUCAGGUAUAAGACCAUGCAGCAUACCUUUUGGUGUUGACCAAUUUGACCCUACAACAGAAGAAGGAAAAAAAGGGAUCAAUAGUUUCUUUAAUUGGUACUAUACAUCAUUUACAGUGGUAUUGUUAUUCACUCAAACAGUGAUUGUUUACAUCCAAGACUCAGUUAGUUGGAAAUUUGGUUUUGCUAUACCAACUUUGUGCAUGUUGUUUUCCAUAAUUUUGUUCUUUAUUGGAACAAAGAUUUAUGUGCAUGUGAAGCCAGAAGGAAGCAUUUUUUCUAGUAUUGCACAAGUUUUAGUGGCUUCUUUUAAAAAGAGAAAAGUGAAGCUUCCAAAUGAGAAACAUGUUGAUGGGAUUUUUUAUGAUCCUCCAUUAAUUGGGAAAGCUAUUUUGUCAAAACUACCUCCAACCAACCAAUUCAGGGUUUUGGAUAAAGCUGCUCUAGUAAUGGAGGGUGAUUUAAAUCCAGAUGGAACCAUCGUAAAUCAAUGGAACCUUGUGAGCAUCCAACAAGUAGAAGAGGUAAAAUGCUUAGCAAGAACAUUACCAAUUUGGGCGGCCGGUAUCCUAGGUUUCACUGCGAUGGCGCAACAAGGAACAUUUAUUGUAUCACAAGCCAUGAAAAUGGACCGACACCUCGGACCAAAAUUCCAAAUCCCAGCCGGUUCACUCGGAGUCAUAUCGUUGAUCGUCAUAGGCCUAUGGGUCCCAUUCUACGACCGGAUAUGCGUGCCAUCACUAAGAAAAAUUACAAAGAAUGAAGGAGGAAUCACUCUCCUUCAAAGAAUUGGAAUUGGCAUGGUGUUCUCCAUUAUAUCAAUGAUUGUAGCUGGUUUGGUUGAAAAAGUUAGAAGAGAUGUAGCAAAUUCUAAUCCAACUCCACAAGGAAUUGCUCCUAUGUCAGUAAUGUGGCUAUUCCCACAAUUGGUCUUGAUGGGUUUUUGUGAAGCAUUCAACAUAAUUGGAUUAAUUGAGUUCUUCAAUAGACAAUUCCCUGAUCAUAUGAGAAGCAUUGCUAAUGCUUUGUUCUCUUGUUCUUUUGCUUUGGCUAAUUAUGUUAGUAGCAUAUUAGUCAUCACUGUUCAUAGUGUUACUAAAACACAUAACCAUCCAGAUUGGUUAACAAAUAAUAUCAAUGAAGGAAGGCUAGAUUACUUUUACUACCUUCUAGCUGGGGUUGGAGUUCUCAACUUGGUUUACUUUUUGUAUGUUUCUCAAAGAUAUCAUUACAAAGGAAGUGUUGAUAUCCAAGAGAAACCUAUGGAUGUGGAGUUAGGUUCAAAAGGAGAACUAGAUUAUCAUCCAAAGAAGUAUGAAGAUUCUAAAUAGGUUAUGUAGAUUAUGUAAAAAUAAUAAAAAUCACUGUCUUUUUGUUUCAAUUUGAGCCAUGUAUUAAUUUUAUAUCAUCAAUUAUCAAUCAGUUUUCUAGUCUUAGUGCAAA